AUGGCCGCAUCAACCGUAUACGGCGUGAACUUGUACACGUAUGACGUCAUACUCACCGGCUCGGUGGCCGGAGCAGAUGCGUAUGCUUCGACAUCAGCAUGGACCGUGCACACGCAGCUGGCGCAAGCAACGGCGAUCACUCUCCCGCUAAUGUUCAAUAUACUCAUCGGCGACGCUAUCGUCUGGUGGCGGGCAUGUGCAGUCUGGUCUGGGCAUCGCCCAGUCUACAUUAUGGGGGCGGUCUUCAUCACUGCUAUCGCUUCAUUGCUCGUGAGCGCGACGGCAUUCACCGGCCUGACCUUGGCCGCGUACUCCCUUUCUCUCCUCACCAAUCUUGUGGCUACGGCGCUCAUUGGUUUUCGCGCGUGGCAGCACCGUCGCUUCCUGCGUGAGUAUCUCGGCGACAAGCACGGCAGCCGCUCACUUGCCGUUCUGUCACUGCUCGUCGAGUCUGGAGUUGGGUACUGUGUCAUCUGGGUCGUGAUGGUCGCGAUCGAAGCAGUGCACACAUACGGCUCCAAGAGAAGCGGCCGAGCAAUAUACGGCGUCGUGGAUGUGGUGGGGAGAGGUUUUUUGCCGUUAGCGAUUGCCAUCUACCCCAUGGUCGUCAUCAUCCUCGUUAGCGUUUGCCCAUCUGUUCUCUGCGAUCAGCUCGGGACGCUGUCGUCUGUGCCGCACGCGGAAGAAGAUGGACGCAGAAGUAGAUAG